GACCCACCAAAACGACCUCCUUUCCCUCUAAUCUUUGUACCGACCUUUGACCGAUACAGUCCUUUUGCUCCAGUACCGGUCGAUAAUAGCCAUGUUCCUUUCCCCCAUCUUCCCUUCUCUCCUCCUCGCUGUAUGUCUCCUCUCAAACAGCGCCUCUGCUCGUGCAGUAUCCAACUUCACCCUCGGAUCUAAUGAACGUCGGGCUACUGCUUCUACUUCAAGUGGUUCCACUCUCAAGUGUACCACAGUCUCUGGUAUUUGGUUGGGUUUCAAGUACGACUUCGGCUGUCUUUGCGAAAGCGAUGUAGAAUCCUUCUGCAACAACCAUGGAAUCAGCAGCUCAUGGAAGACUGUCAUAUCUUCUCACAUUAGUUCCACAGGCAGCUCUCAUUUCUACCCCGAUCACGCUCAACCCGUCUGUGACGGCUCCGGUGGUUACACCUGUGGCUCCCUCUCACGUUCCUCCAAUGGCCAAUGUGGCUCCACCACUUGCGACCUUCAAAAGACUUCUUCCAACGGUGGCUGUUGUCCUCGUGGUCAGACUUACAAAGACGGCAAAUGCUGCGGUACUGUUGGCUGCAAGCGUGACGGUUCCCAAUGUACUCCUGCCCUCUCUUGUUCCACAUACACCUCUAACGGCAUAUGUUGUUCUUCCGGUACCUCCGGCUGGACUGGUUACACGACGGUUUGCUGCCCCAAGGGUCAGAUCGAAAACGGUUCCACAGGCAAGUGUAUCACCAACUGUCAGUCCGGUUACGAGUACAACUCUUCCAAGGGCAAGUGUGAGCCCAUCUGCGACAUCUCCAAUGGCUACGUUUAUCAGCAAACUUCCAAGGGCAAAGACAUCUGCUGCAAGUCUGGCAGGAAGGCUUUUCAAACCGUGUGCUGUCCUGUCAAUCAGCCUGAGGUCGGUGAGACGGGUGUCUGCUGUCCUUCCGGCUCUCAAGUUACCAAUGGCAAGUGCACUACCCCCACGGGCAAGAGCACCAACCACCGACGAGUAGCUCGACAGUUCCAAGAAGCGCUCACUGCAUCUCCAUCUUACGGUCUCGCAGCCAACGCCAAGAGCGCUCUUUGUCCUUCCGGUCUUGCUGCUUGCCCAAUUGGUGAUUUUAUCUCCUCCGGUCAAUACGAGUGUCUCGACCCUUUGGCCGACUUGCAGUCUUGUGGAGGUUGCGAGAGCAUGGGCACUGGCAAGGACUGCACUGUCAUUCCUGGUGCCAGAUGGAUGGGAUGCAACCAAGGCGUUUGCGAAGUCUACUCGUGCAACAACGGAUGGAAGAAGAGUGCGAAUGGGACUGAGUGUGAGAGACUAUUAUAGAAAAGGAAGUCGAUUUUAUGACCAGACGCAAGAAGAAACGUGGGAUGAUGGUUUAGUUGCUGUAUCAUAGUAGUAGCGUACAGGAGGCCCUAGCCAUAAUGACGUACGACGUGUAAAAACGGUUGUUGUGACGCAUCAUAUUGAUGCUCCAUAAUAAUAAAUGAUUCUUUUUUUUUGGGAUUUCCUUUCAUUUUCCUUAUACCUUCCGUUUAUAUACCAGAACCGUUAUACCUUAUACCCAAUCUUUCUUGUAUACCUGGGCCAGAAGAUACCACAUGCAUGUCACUGUACAUCUAUC